ACAAAUAUCUUUGAACUCCCCCGCCUGUGUCUACAAAAAUAUCUUUCCACUCACUCUGCAUCUCCUCUUCCCAUUCAACCGGAACUCACUCACCAUGCAUUCCAUAACCCCAACACCAUCAAUAUCAUCAUCAAUCACACCACCAACACCUCUCAGAUCCAGAACCUCGAUUGCAACAUCAAGGAGAUAUUCUUCUGAUCACGCUCCUCCUCCUCCUCCUCUGGUAUGCAAGGCCUCCUCCGGAUCUUCUUCAUCUUAUUCCAUCACAGAUUUCGAUCUCUACGAUCUUCUAGGCGUCGAUAGUUCUUCCGAUCAGUCGGAGAUUAAACACGCCUACCGGUCUCUGCAGAAGAAAUGUCAUCCGGAUAUAGCUGGUUUGGCUGGACACGAUAUGGCUAUUGUUCUCAAUGAAGCUUAUGCUGUUUUAUCUGAUCCUCUUUCACGUUUCUCCUAUGAUAAGGAACAAGCUAAGGUCGCAGAUUUCAAAGGGUAUACAGGGAAACCUAUCUACUCAGUAUGGUAUGGAUCCGAGAGUGAGAAUAGAGCUGUUUUUGUUGAUGAAGUUAAAUGCGUUGGCUGCUUAAAAUGCGCCUUAAUAGCCGAAAAGACAUUCGCAAUCGAAUCUGUUUACGGUAGAGCUCGGGUCAUAGCUCAAUGGGGCGACCCUGAAAAUAAAAUUCACGAGGCCAUAGAAGCGUGCCCUGUUAAUUGCAUCUCGAUGGUGGAGAGAUCUAAACUCGCAGCUUUAGAGUUCCUUAUGUCAAAGCAACCGCGUGGUAACGUUAGAAUCGGUGCAGGCAACACUGUAGGUACUCGCGUUUCAAAUAUCUUCGUUGAUGUGGAUAGAUUCCAAGAUAGUUAUCUAGCAGCAUUGAAAAAAGGAUCCGCCAGUCGCUCCAAGGACCAGGAUAUCAAUUGGGCAACACGAAUGGCGGCAAUUCAAGCAAUCAGAUCAAUCACAGACUGGUUAUACUGGCAACCACCGAUUCCAGGAAUGCCCGCAAGUCAAACAAGCAAAAAACUGUUACAAAUAGCAGAAAAUUCCACACAGUCAAACUCGCCAGACAUCAGCAAACUUAAAGAAGCUGUAGCUGCCCGAAAACAAACACAAACGACUAGAAAACCAAACCCAAAAACAAGCAACGCAUCGGAGUACUGGACUCCAACGAAGUAUAUCCUCCCAGAAUCACCAAAUAGCAAAGCCGACCCUGAAUCUUCACCUAGUACAACUUUUAAGAAACCAAAUGGGAACUUAUACAAUGAGAGAUAUGGUGUUCCAAAGAAGAUUCAACGUAGUAAUCCUUAUGAAGAGCGUGUUCCUGUCGGAUUGGCUAUUGUUGCAGCAGUCAUAGUUCGGUUACAGCUUGCAAAUACUGCUGCUGGUGGAAUUGAAACACAUGUUGGUGGUUCUAUGUUAGUUGAUGUGGUUAACAGCUCGUGGCUGCAAGUUAUUCUAGCCGGUGUUACUUGGUAUCUCAUUGGUCUGGCUGCGGUUGAAAUUAUAGCAGUCCUUCGAAUAAAAUCAAACGAUAUUGAAGAAUGAAUAAAAUAGUAUAUAUAUACAGGUAUGUAGUAUGUAUAGGUUAAGCUGUUAUAGGAAUCAUAUAUUCAUUAUUAUAUACACUCUCGAAAGAAAGCUCAGUCAAGCGUAUGUUCAUUAAUCUUUAAGUGUUGGAUC